CUCAUAAAUUAAUAUAUGUUACACCACUGUUUCGCAAGAGUUACUGCGCAGAUUACGUGUUUUCAUACGUAUGGCGUUGCAUUACGUAACGUGAGUUUCAGCAACAUGGCGGCGUCCUUGAGGUGUCUGUUUGGUUUUGCUGGGAGAGAUUUCAUCAGACAAAAAUUAUUAAAAACAAGACCCACGAGCAAGCCUAUUUUAGGAUGGAACAGAUACAGAACCUCACAAGCAGCAAGUCAGGUGGUUUUAAAUGUACCAGAAACUAAGGUAACACCUCUAGAAAAUGGACUAAGAGUAGCGUCUGAAGAUUCAGGACUGUCAACGUGCACAGUGGGACUUUGGAUUGAUGCAGGGAGUAGGUAUGAAAAUGAAAAAAACAAUGGAACAGCCCAUUUCCUGGAACACAUGGCCUUCAAGGGUACUAAGAAACGCUCACAACUGGACCUUGAACUGGAAAUUGAAAACAUGGGAGCUCACCUGAAUGCUUACACUUCCCGGGAGCAGACUGUGUAUUAUGCUAAAGCAUUCUCUAAGGACUUACCCAGAGCUGUGGAAAUCCUUGCUGAUAUUGUCCAGAACAGCACACUAGGUGAAGCUGAGAUUGAGCGUGAGCGAGGGGUCAUCCUCCGAGAGAUGCAGGAAGUUGAGACCAACCUACAGGAAGUCGUCUUUGACUAUCUCCAUGCUACAGCCUAUCAGGACACAGCACUUGGCCGCACAAUCCUGGGGCCAACAGAAAACAUAAAAUCUAUCAACCGUAAUGAUCUUGUGGAAUACAUCACCACACAUUAUAAGGGGCCCAGGAUAGUACUGGCAGCUGCUGGAGGAGUAUCACACAAUCAGCUGAUUGACCUUGCAAAGUACCAUUUUGGGAACUUGCCCUCUACGUACAAAGGAGAUGCUCCAGCCAUGCCUCCGUGUAGAUUCACAGGCAGUGAAAUACGUGUACGAGAUGACAAGAUGCCCCUGGCCCACAUCGCUAUAGCUAUAGAGGCAGUUGGCUGGUCUCACCCAGACACUAUUCCCCUCAUGGUGGCGAAUACACUGAUCGGUAACUGGGACCGUUCUUUUGGAGGUGGUGUGAAUCUGUCUAGCAAGCUGGCUCAGAUGACCUGCCAAGGGAACUUGUGUCACAGUUUCCAGUCUUUCAACACCUGUUACACUGACACUGGGCUUUGGGGUCUUUACAUGGUCUGUGAGCCAAACACCAUUGAGGACAUGAUGCACUUUACCCAGACAGAAUGGAUGAGGCUUUGCACAAGUGUUACUGAAAGUGAGGUUGUUAGGGCCAAGAAUCUUCUAAAAACAAAUAUGCUGUUGCAACUUGAUGGGUCCACUCCAAUAUGUGAGGACAUUGGUAGACAGAUGCUGUGCUAUAGCCGUAGAAUUCCACUUCCUGAACUUGAAGCAAGAAUUGAUGCAAUAAAUGCCAAAACGAUUAAGGAUGUUUGUACAAGAUACAUCUACGACAAAUGCCCUGCUGUGGCUGCUGUUGGUCCAAUUGAACAGCUACCAGACUACAACAGGAUACGAAGUGGAAUGUACUGGCUAAGAACAUAAAUAAAUCUAUUAAAGUAAAAUGUAUGUGUAUUAAGUUAAAUAAUGUGCAUUUGUCAGUGAUAGCCACAUCAUU